CCCAAGUGGUAUAUGUUUACAAUUUGCGUCAUCAAACGUUGAAAUAAAAAGAAUGCAGUAUAUAUGUCUUUAAUAGUGGCUUAUAUUGUACCCCCACCUUAAUCAAAGCACAUUUUGUCUUUCGAAGAAGUUUACGCUGUCACAUAACUUUAAUUACAAACAACACUCUGAGCAGAGAAAUUUCGAUAGUCUAUAAAAGACAUGAAAACCCAAUUUGAUGGCUUUUACACAAGGACGGACUAUACAGUAACAAUCUUCUACUAAGUACAGGAAGGCGUGGAUUUGCUGAUAUUUAAGAAUAAUUUGCAAUUAAACAAAGUUUCUUUUUUCCAAGUCUUACACCCUCCUCAAUUUAACUCACCCACUUAAGUACGACAGGAAGAACAUACCAUAUAAGCUAUGACAUCAUAUACACUAUGUAUGUUCAUAAUACGUUUAGUGGCUAAUAAUCGGUGCUUGGAGAUUUGUCUUCGUUUAUAGUCUAGGCAAAGUAUCGCUUUGUUUUGUUUUGUUUGAGUAUAUAGCGGUCCAGUAUGUCGUCUGUCGUAACCGGCGUUCUAAGUUCUACAGUAUGCUUAUUGUGGAACAAAGCGAGUGAUGGUACAACGGUUAAACUUAAGGACGCUCACAUAACAGAUGCACAAAUUCGCGAGACCGUUGUGCAAGAAUUAACGAAGAUCCAAACAAAACUUGAUGGUCUUUCACGCAAAGACCUGCACUGCAGCUACAGUUCCUUACGAGAAGGCGUAGAUUUGAUGAAUGUUUGCCUCGAUAAAUCAGUGGACGAGCAGGAACUAAUAUUGAACGAGACUGGAGAUGACGGGGGUGAAACAUCAAGAAUAUCGAGUGGUGACUGUGGUGUUGAAUCUGGUUUCUUUAACAAAGCCUUAGAACUUUCUCACGCCAUGGGAAAGCUAAAACUCAAUUCAUAUCAAGAAUGGGAAUCCGCUAAAGAACGAUUCACGCACGCGAGUAAGAUAGCAACGCAAGCUUUCUCAACUGAGAACGUAAGUAUUAAAGACAAAAUCUUCGCUGCGAAACUUCGAAUAGUUUCCGAGAUAAUGGAACGUCUCGAAAGUCCUGAGACUGCGUCCACAGAGUGUCUGUCGUUUUUGGUAAAGCUGCAUAGCUUACCAGCCAUUCAAGAGAUAGUUUCGGUGUAUCUUAAUGGUGGAAUCAAGUCGAUAUUAAACAAAGCAGGUCGAGUGGAAAACGUCAAAUCUCUUAUGUUAAUUAACUGUGUUUUGUUUCAAUUUGUUUCGAAAUUCAGCAAUAAAUAUUGCUCCGCACACGGCUGGCCAACAGUUGAACUUGCUGAUCGCAGUUUUUCCCCGAUAUUAAAUUGGCAGGAGGUUUCGACAAGACGGUCUAUGACUUUGGGGGAAGAAUUGACUCAACCUCCAAACGAGCUGAUACCUGAUGAAGAACUAGUCUCGCUUUAUUCUGCAGUGAACAGUCAUGGGCAGAUUCUUGUGGGGCAUCGUGACGAUAUAAAGCUUAUUUGUAGGGCAGGUAAAAGCAAGGUGGUUAAAUUACCUGCCCUCAGAGAAAGUGAAGUUAUUGUGCAAUACAUUGAAGGAGUUGCUGUUGAUGAAAAAGACAAUGUCUAUGUUGUCAAAGAGCUCAAGAUUCGUAGUGAUGUUAUACGCUACGUGUUGUAUGUAUUGAAUGAGAAUUACAACGUUAUACAUGAAUGUACAUUGAAGUUUCUGGAGGGGACAAAAAGUGUUCCGGUGAGGUUUGCUGUAAACAAGAAUAACAAUAUCAUCCUGAUCAAACAAAACGAUCGCCGUGUGUAUGUCUGUGACAUCACUGGCAAUUUGAAAUACACGUUUGAACGAGACUCACGUUGCCAUCGCCAUUUGUAUAUUUCUGAAAAGAAUGAAUUCAUCAUAUCUUUAUCACACGAUCGCAAGGCAGUACAAUCCUUUACAGAGGAAGGAGAUCUCGAGUCAACAAUACAAGUACCAAAAGAUCACGUAGUUAUAAGCGUUGCUUUCCACUAUGUAAUUGGUAAGAUAAUUGUCUUAACCUUUAUCAAGAAAAAAGAUGAAUAUUUCCUUCUCUGCCUCUCUGAAAAAGGCGAUCUGGAGAAGUCGACGUUCUUUUGUAAGAGAAUUACACAGGAAUUUGGCCAAAACAUCACGUCCCAUCCAAGCGGUCCUGUUGCUGUUGUAAGCAGGAGAAGAAUCACAUUCAUAUAAUGGAACUGUCCAUGUUUUCGCAGUAAAGAAGGACUUGCGUUUGUAUAGACUAUAUCUAACUUUAGCAUCUUAAAUUUAUAUAUUGUAUAACCUUGAUUAUAAAAUUUUACAAAUACGUCAACGCAUAUGUACGACAAUUGUGAAUAUUAAGAAGCUUUUACAUGCAGUUUGUUGAUCAAUAUUGAAGUGUGUAAGUUUCAAAAUACUGGAU